UAGGUUUAUUAUAAAAUAUACAAAUUAAGUAUGAUUGGAGGAACUCACCAAUACCCUUUACAACAACAAUCCCAUCAUUGUGAGACCAGUUACAUGGGUGUCCUGCAUGCCUUGAUGAACACUGUCGAGUUAUUGGGCGAGGAGUUAUUCAGGGUAAAAUACUCUACCUCACCAGGGAAGGUUUCUGCCCAUGAUGCUCGCUUCAAUACUAAAUUAGAAUCCACUCUGAAAGCUUUCGAGAGACUUGAAGAAUUUAAGACAUGUAAUUUAUACAAAACAACAGAUGUGUUGGCCAAGAUCUUAGGUAAGGCUAAGACAAAGCCAGUCCAUAUGAAGUCCACAACAAAAAUUAAUAGUUUACGAAAGAAUUCGGAAAUUCAGAAACCCUAUCAGAAAGUCUUCAUUAUUGGAGCAGGCUCUGCUGAAGAGAAGAUGAGUCCAAGGAAAUCGAUUGACCAAACGAUGCUCUCAGCCUCGUUUGCUGGGGAAUUUGAUUCGAUGAGAAUGAGUUUUUGCAAUGCUUCAUAUACCCCUGAAACCAAAACUGCCUCUAAAAAGAUUGCUGAUUUGAAGAAAUCGGGAAUUAGGAAGCCUACUGUUUUCAAUACUUCAGGGAACCUGAAGACGAUGAAAGUACAUAGGAACUCUGAGAAGAAAUGUGCUACUAAAAAGGGGUUUAACAAAACUGUGGGAAGGAACAAAAGGAAUAUAGUCUCCUUCACUCCUUCCAAACUUAACAUGAGCAUCAGAGAUUUUGAUAAGGAUAUGAAUUCCUUCACUGCAGGAUCAACUUGAGGGUUCUCUGAUGAGUAGGAAAUACCUACAUAAAUUCAUAAUUUUUCUUAAAAUUCAACUUUA